AUGGCUGAGUCAUUGAUCCCUGUACCAUAUUCAACCAGAUCCCUGUACCCUAUUCAACCAGAUCCCUGUACCAUAUUCAACCAGAUCCCUGUACCAUAUUCAACCAGAUCCCUGUACCCUAUUCAACCAGAUCCCUGUACCAUAUUCAACCAGAUCCCUGUACCAUAUUCAACCAGAUCCCUGUACCAUAUUCAACCAGAUCCCUGUACCAUAUUCAACCAGAUCCCUGUACCCUAUUCAACCAGAUCCCUGUACCCUAUUCAACCAGAUCCCUGUACCAUAUUCAAGAUCCCCUUAUGCCAGAUCCUAUUCAACCAGACCUGUACCAUAUUCAACCAGAUCCCUGUACCCUAUUCAACCAGAUCCCUGUGCAUUCAACCAGAUCCUGUACCCCUGUUCAACCAGAUCCCUGUACCCAUUCAACAGAUCCCUGUACCAUAUUGUACCCUGAUAUUCAACAGAUCCCUGUACCCUAUUCAACUAGAUCCUGUACCAUAUUCACCAGAUCCCUGUACCAUAUUCAACCAGAUCCUGCCUAUUCAGCAGAUCCCUGUACCAUAUUCAACCAGAUCCUGUACCAUAUUCAACCUUGAAUCCCUGGAUCCCUGUACCAUUAUCCUGUACAUAUUCAACCAGAUCCCUGUACCAUAUUCAACCAGAUCCUGUACCAUAUUCAACCAGAUCCCUGUUCUAUUCAGAUCCAACCCAGAUCCCUGUACCCCAUUCAACCAGAUACCAUAUCAAAGCAUAUUCAACCCAGAUCCCUGUUCUAUUCAACCAGAUCCUGUGCCCUAUUCAGCAGAUCCUGUACCAUAUUCAACCAGCCUGUCCUGUACCCUAUUCAACCAGAUGAAUCCCUGUACCAUAUUAUUCAACAGAUCCCUGUACCAUAUUCAACCAGAUCCCCCAUAUUCAGAUCCUGCCUAUUCAACCAGAUCCCUGUACCCCAUUCAACCAGAUCCCUGUACCCCAUUCAACCAGACUAGUCUUCACCGUUUUUAG